CACGCACACACUUGCCUAGAGACAAACUUAAGGUGAGGGGAAAGAGCUCUAGCUUCACUUGAUCUCCAGUCUCCAACUUCAGCAGGACUUGAGAACAUUUGAACUUCUGGAUUUCAGGACAAGUGAAGAAGAGUCUUGGGCUAUAAAGAUGAAGAGCCUACUUCUUCUGGUGCUGAUUUCAGUCUGCUGGGCUGAUCAUCCUUCAGACAACUAUACCCUAGAUCAUGGCAGAGUUAUUCACAUCCAAGCAGAAAAUGGCCCCCAUCUCCGUGUGGAAGCAGAACAAGCCAAGGUGUUCUCACACAGAGGUGGCAAUGUUACACUGCCAUGUACAUUUUUUCGAGACCCUACAGCAUUUGGCUCAGGAACCCACAAAAUCCGAAUUAAGUGGACCAAGCUAACUUCAGAUUACCUUAAGGAAGUGGAUGUUUUUGUUUCCAUGGGAUACCACAAGAAAGCCUAUGCAGGCUACCAGGGUAGAGUGUUUCUGAAAGGGGGCAGUGAAAGCGAUGCUUCUCUGGUGAUCACAGACCUCACCCUGGAGGAUUAUGGGAAAUACAAGUGUGAGGUGAUUGAAGGAUUAGAAGAUGAUACUGCUGUGGUAGCAUUAGAUUUACAAGGUGUGGUAUUCCCUUACUUUCCACGACUGGGGCGCUAUAAUCUCAACUUCCAUGAAGCACAGCAGGCUUGUCUGGCCCAGGAUGCUGUGAUUGCCUCCUUUGACCAGCUGUACGAUGCCUGGCGGGGUGGGCUGGACUGGUGCAAUGCCGGCUGGCUCAGUGAUGGCUCUGUGCAAUACCCUAUCACCAAGCCAAGGGAGCCCUGCGGAGGCCAGAAUACUGUGCCCGGUGUCAGGAACUACGGGUUUUGGGAUAAGGAGAAAAGCAGAUACGAUGUGUUCUGUUUUACAUCCAAUUUCAAUGGCCGUUUUUAUUACCUGAUCCACCCCACCAAGUUGACCUAUGAUGAAGCGGUGCAGGCUUGUCUCAAUGACGGUGCUCAGAUUGCGAAAGUGGGCCAGAUAUUCGCUGCCUGGAAACUUCUGGGCUAUGACCGCUGCGAUGCGGGCUGGUUGGAGGACGGCAGUGUCCGCUACCCUAUCUCUAGGCCAAGAAGGCGCUGCAGUCCUACAGAGGCUGCAGUGCGCUUCGUGGGUUUCCCAGAUAAAAAGCAUAAGCUGUAUGGUGUCUACUGCUUCAGAGCAUACAACUGAGCGUGCCCCCCGAGCACGGCAAGUUCAGAGUCAUUAAGAACAUGUGAAAGGUUUUUUUUUUCUUCAAUAUGAACUCAUGCAAGUUACCAAAACUGUGAUAACCCUUUUUUUACUUACUGUAAAGAGUCAUUUUCAUAAAGAUCAAUUCAUUAAUUUGUUUUUGUAAAGCUAUCAUUCAAUAUAUAUUAUAAAUUAAUAUAAUUCUAAGGGAAGUGCUACAUAAAGGAGGCUUUAGAGCCAAACUGUUUAGGCUACAUCAUCCCAACGAAGUAUCCCUCCAUGAACGGGGCAUGCAAUAAACUGAGGACUGCUGGGAUUAAAUUAAGGAAAGUAAAGCUACUCAGAGCAGCAGCUUCCACAAGCACAAAUUUUACACAUUUGUACAAUUUUGAAAUGCACUACAACAAACAAAUUAGAGCAACAGUCUUGAAAUGCAGGCUUCUUUACAUAAACUGAGAUUCUGAAAGGUUGCACAAAACUCACUUUCACAAGAAAAAAAUCUACACUUUUUUAAAAGUUAAUAUUUCAAUUCUCCAAUAGAAUGUUUUACUGUUUAAAAUCCUGCCUUUUUGACCAAAACAUAUAGUAAAAUUCAUAUGGACUCCAAUGCAUAGUGAUAAGCACAGUUAAAACUCCUUAAUAACCCCGUUUAUAUGAAGUAUGAGAUUUAAAUAAGCAGAUAAUAUUUAACCCACAAGAGACUCCUACCUUCUUAUUAUUAAAAUUACACAUGCCUAAGAAGAAUUGUCUUAUCUUUUGAGUAGCUUUACUGAGUUAUAUUUAAAUUCUAAGGGCCAUUGGCUAAGCAGCAUUUAGCAUCUACUCAGGGCAGUUAUAUAGAUAAACUGCUGGACAGAAAAAUUGUAAAAUUUAGCAGCUUGAUUUUAUGUUAGCUUAUGAAAUGUUAUUGUCCUAUAAAAAUAACUUUAAGCUAUUUAAUAUUUCCUUCUUAUUUACAUUACAUUUAAAAUUUUAAUUCAUAACAGGAAUAAAUAACUACACACAUUCCUAACCAAGAAAUAUAGACCCAACUUUCAAAAUUCUUAUUUUUCUUAUUUGUAUUUACACUAGAAAGCCCAACUGGUGCCUGUGGUUGAGGAAAAGGAAGUCAACAAAGUAAUUCUAAACCUUCCUCCAUAAGAAAACGGUGGUGAAUGAUGUCACUCUCCUUGCUGGCCAUCGUUAUGUGUAAAUGAAACACUGAAGCUGUCAUCAAAGAGUUUACACUAAAAUCGUCAGGGCUGUAAGCGAAAGGGAAAAAAGCCAGCUUCAGAAAAGCAACUUCUGCAUCAGCAGCUCCAAUCUUAAAUAAAGCUCUGUUUUCCUAUAUUUUUAUGACUGUUGAGACCCCACAGGGACCAAUAUUUGUAUUCAAAUUACAUUUUAUGGUUUCCCAUUGUUUCACAAUGAGUUCUAAUAAAUGGGAUUUAGUAUAAUAAUCCAAGUAUGACAUAGCUGGCAUGCUUUCAUGAAUGUUUUUAUGUAGAUUUUCCUCCCAUGAACAUGAGUAAAUAAAUCUGUUUCCUGAAUUGAUUGUGGUUGCAUUUAAAGUGCUGUAAUAAUUCUAAUAAAUUUACUCUCUAAAUGUAGAUUACAUUUGUGGAAGGUAUAGAAUAAUUGGAAGUCCAUAAAACCAUAACUAUAUUCAUACAUUAUCCAGACAAAAUAUUGUAAGUAAAAGUAAAUCACUUCUUUUAUCAAGAACAUAGCUGGAGAUUUUCAGAUGCUUUAAUUAUUAAAAGAUAACAAUGUAUGCAUGCACAUUUUUACAUUAGAUUGGAUAUGCAAAUUGUACAAAAAUUACAAAAAUAAAUCCAAAGAGAUUGUGAGGUUUAACUCAAAUACUGGUGAUACAAAUAGAACUUGAACUUUUAAGUUAAAAAUUCCUGAAUGGUCUCAAAUAAGAUAAACACUUUAUUUAAAGAUUUAUUUUUAGAGUACUAUCUCCAAAAGAGUGACUCUUAACACCUCAACUAUGGAGGUGAGUUCAUUGGAGGAAGCUUAUACUUGAACGAUUAUUACCCACAAUACAAGAAUUUUAUUGGAAAUGCAAAUGGGAACAAAUUUAUAUUGAACAGAUACAUAAUUUUCAGUUAUUGCUGCAAAACUCUACCUUUAUAAUGUUAAGCAUAGUCGCUAACAUUUCUUAACUUUUGAAUACUUAUUAGUAUAGGAAUUGGUGCUGAUCAAAUACUCUGGACUGUUAGCUGAUUAAAAUCUAUACUGAUUGAACACCAUUUUUCCAAGCUUGUAAAAAAGUUCUUAAAAAGAAAACUGCCGGGCAGAAUUUUUAUCUUCUUACUUUCCCCUAAAGGAUGAGAAUCUCCUUACCCCUUUGGACUUCUACUUGAAUAGUUUUUUUUUUAAUGUUACCAUUUGCCAUUUUCCCACCAAAUGUUUUCUUUCCUACUUCAUUGACCAAGAUAUCUCACUAAGAAUGUUGGGAAAAGACAGAUUAUCCUUGUACAACUACUAACAGAAAGUCAGCACAUUGGCUAAUUCAGA